AUGUAUCUAGGUUUUAUUGUCACAUUAUUUUCAUUUUCUGACAUUUCCGCAUUUUAUCAUGAUCCAGGAUUAUAUGCACCCGGUUGGAUAGACUAUCUUAACCUCCAGGAAAACCUCACCAACGAUUUGUUUGCCAACUAUGACCCAACAAUUUCUACGGUUUACGCUGACAUAGCCGACUGGGAACCAUUAGGUGACAACCCAAGAACAAUUGAUCGCUGGAAUUAUACAAUUUUGCUAUAUUACCUGAAAUUGGUAGAAGUGCAAGAACCAGCAGAAAAAGUAUCAGUUGUGUUGGAACUUGUUGAGCGAUGGUAUGAUCCAAGACUUUCGUGGAACAUCUCGUUAUAUUCCAAUGUUUCAACAAUUUUUGCGAGGCAAGAAAAAGUUUGGAGUCCAACAUUGUCGCCUUUUGGAGUAAAUGAAAUUAUCGACUUUCGAGAUCAAGAUUUUCGGCUCAUCUCCAUUGACUUUACUGGGUAUCUGAAUGAUUAUUUGUCUGUCCGGGUUUCGGCAAACUGUCCUAUGGACGUUUCAAGAUUCCCAUUUGAUUCGCAAACCUGCCAAAUCAGAUUCUGUUUACCUAUAUUCAACAUACGGCAAGUCAAAAUUCUCAACGAAAUUUAUGAAGGUAUCCUGCAAGAAAAAAUAAUCAAAACUAUGGGAAACUCCGAAUGGAAAGUUGUCAGUCUUACUAAUCGUGUGGAGCAGCUGAAGUAUGAUGACGAUUACGGAAAUAUGGAUUUGGCAGUUUUUGAAAUUACAAUAAGAAGAAAUCCACUGUACUACAUCUACAUGAUAGUUUUCCCUUCUUUUGUCAUAAAUGGAAUUUCAAUAGUUGGUAUUUUCUUGAAGAGUGCCGACAAAAUGUCAAAGCUUAACGUUGGUCUCACAAACAUAAUGACCAUGACAUUUAUCCUCGGAGUGAUGGCUGAUAAGAUACCAAGAACCGGAAGCAUUCCAUUACUUGGAAUUUACAUUAUUAUAAAUCUUCUAAUUAUGAUAAUUGCCAUUACAGUUGUUGUUCUAAUCACUGAACUUCGCCAAUGGGCUGUGCCCCGGCUCAAACUCAAAAAGAGUUACAUGAGCAGGAAACUAGAAACGUUUCUGGGCUCGCCAAUUGAGUACACCUGUGCAAUUCUAUUGGAGUUUCUGACAACCGCUAAUUUUUUCGUUAUGAUUGGAUUUUGGUUUGAGGAUUUAUAA